CGGUUGUACUUGCAGGUAUCGUCAGUGGAUGGAACAAUUCUCUCCAAGCACAUACCAGCUGACAAUCAAUGAGAGCAACAGUUGUAUGGGAAGCGUUGCUGUUCAUCGCAUUCAGCAUAAGCUUCAUCUGUUGCACCAAGGGAUAUUUCCUUUCCUACAGGAUACAAGCAUUCCUUUAGAAGAUACAGGUUGUAGUGAGGAGAAUGGAAUUGUUAGGACUGUAUCUGUUCCUGAACAGGAUGGCAAAGAACGUGACUCGCUAAGCAGAACGACGAGCUGGUCAGAAGAUGGCGGUAGCCCAGAUCUUUCGAUUGGUGAAGAAGGUGCAUUGAUAAAAGAGGACUCUAAUGACAUUACUGAAAGAUCGUUGACUUCAUAUAAAAAUGAUUCAAAUAUUUUUUCUUUAAUUCAAGCAAGAACAUUUUGCAGCAUACAUCUCCGACCUCGCAGAGGUGUUGACCGCCAAGGAGAACUGAAGUUGUUCCCGAAGCAGUACAUAGAAGAGACGCGGUGUGUGGACGGGUUUCCUGAAGUUCUGGCUGAAUUGAAGCAGAUGCUCAUGGAGACUCAGGUGGAUCCUUUGAGAAAGUUCCCGCAGGUUCUUUUUCUUGGAACUGGCUCUUGCAUACCAAACAAGACGCGCAACACCAGCAGCAUUCUUAUACAUACAAGCAAGGAUGACUGCAUCUUGCUUGAUUGCGGAGAAGGGACCUAUGGACAGUUGGUGAGAUUUUAUGGACCAAGGGAAGUUGAUGCAGUUCUCCGCAAGCUGCGAGCUGUGUUCAUAUCUCAUCUUCAUGCUGACCACCAUAUUGGGUUGGUAGGCCUACUUAAGGGACGCAAACGGGCCCUUCCACAGAGCCAAGUAUUUCUUAUUGCGCCCAGACAGAUCAUGUCAUGGCUAAAUCUUUAUCACUGUUGCUUUGAGCCUGUGCUGCAAGAGUUUAUGCUGGUUGCCAACGGAGUUCUGCAAAUGGGAAUGAAGAACAUUAAAGCUGAUGUGUACUCACAGCUGCUGGCCUCUCUCCACAUGUCAGACAUCAGCACAGUUUCAGUCAGACACUGCCCUAAUGCAUUUGGAGUGGCAUUCAGCCACUCUGAUGGCUGGAAGAUAACAUACUCUGGUGAUACAAUGCCCUGUGAUGAUCUGGUUGAACUUGGCAUUGGAAGUGACUUGUUGAUACAUGAGGCCACAAUGGAGGAUGAACUUUUGGAAGAAGCGCAGACUAAACUGCACUCUACAACAUCGCAAGCAAUCGAAAUGGGACAGCGUAUGGGAGCCAAGUUUACACUUCUGACACACUUCAGCCAGCGUUAUGCUAGGCUGCCACGUUUCAAUGCCAACUUCACGAAGGAUGUUGGUGUAGCAUUUGAUAACAUGCAGGUUAGUCUGGGUGAGCUGCCUCUACUCCCAAUGAUGUUUCCAUCACUGCGACUCAUGUUUGCUGAACAUUAUGAGGAAAUGGAACAGAAGGCAGCCCGCAGACUUCAGAAACAAGAAUUUGAACAGCAGAAAAUUAGAUCAUGAUGAGAACAAUGUUGUAUUGUUGUUGCUGCCAUGUUACGUAGGUUACAUGUACAUCACUGAUAGAACAGAUUUUGUACUUAUUAGGGGCAUGCAGUGGUUGGAAUAAAAUUUACGAUCAGUUGAGUCA